AUGUCAGUGACUGCGAGGUUCAUGUCUAACAACGCAGAUAUUGGGCUCCCCAAUCCUCCCAAUGAUUCAAUCUCAUCACUUUCGUUCUCCAACAAAGCUGAUUAUUUAGCCGUUGGAAGCUGGGACAACUCGGUCCGCGUUUACGAGGUCUCGCCGCAAGGUCAAUCUAAAGGGAUAGCAGUGUAUGCUCAUCAUGCCCCGGUAUUAUCAGAAAACAGCCGAAUUUUCUCUGGUAGCGUUGAUAACACGGGGCACAUGUUCGAUGUUGUGACUGGGCAGACUACUCAAGUAGCACAGCACGCCGGGCCCGUCAAGAUCGUGAAAUGGGUGAGCAUGCCGCAUGCAGGAGUACUAGUAACUGGAAGCUGGGACAAAACCAUUAAGUAUUGGGAUCUACGCGCUCCCUCGCCUAUUGCAACCGUCAAACUCCCAGAACGGUGUUAUGCUCUUGACGCAAGAUACCCUCUGAUGGUCGCAGCUACUGCCGAACGCCGCAUAUUAACCUUCGACUUGGCGCAAUCUCCAAUAUUAUAUGAAAACACUGCUUCUCCGCAGAGGUUGCAGACUCGUGUUGUUACAUGCUGCCCUGACAAGAUUGGGUUUGCUGUAGGCGGCAUCGAGGGGAGGGUGUCAUUUUGUUACCUCGAGGAGAAUAACAAACGUAACGAAUACAGUUUUCGAUGUCAUCGUCAAAAUUCCAGUUCAAAGAAGAAUGAUCAGUCCCUCAUUUAUUCUAUCAAUGAUAUCAAUUUUCAUCCUGUACAUGGCACUUUUUCUACUUGCGGUUCCGAUGGGACUGUCCAUUUCUGGGACAGGGAUGCACGAAUGAGAUUGAAGAGUUUCAAUCGUGCAUCUGGUCCGAUCGUAUGCAGUGCCUUCAACAGGACAGGCUCAAUAUUUGCUUAUGCGGUAUCCUAUGACUGGCACAAGGGCUUCUCCGGCAUGACCAGCAAACAACCCAACAAAAUCAUGGUCCAUGCUGUCAAAGAUGAAGACGUUCGCAAGAGAGCGAUGAGAAGCUCAUAG